CUUUGCAAAUGCAUGUCACCUUCACGCCCACCAACAACCCAUUGGUCGAUCACUAACGCCGUGCGUCUAAAUUCAACAAAGUAAAACAGGCCAAUAUCUAGAAGAUCACAAUAACGUGUUAGUACCAAAUUCAAUUACCACACGGUAAAACUAACUUUUCCUCUUCUUCAUCUCACCGAAGCCAAAUCAGUCCCAAUGCGUACUUGUAUAUAAAUGCAACUCUAUAUCAUGCAUGAUGGCAUGCACCAGAAGAUAAUUAAGUUGCUGUAGAUUAAUAUAGCCAAUGCAACACAUGCAUGGUGGCAUCAAGAAGCUAUAGAGCUUAGCUAGAGCGGCGUCGAGUAGUCGCGUAUAGGAGAUUGCAUAUGAAGAAUAAUAUGGCAUAUCUGUCGGCCUUAAUCUUCUUCCUCGCCGUCGGGUUGUUGCUCACGCUCUCGCCGUGCCGCGUCGCCGCCGCGAGGCCACUCUCGGACUCGCACGCCGUCUCCUCCUCCGGCCAUGGCGACGGCGCCGCACCGAGAAGCAGCCAUCGCGUUGCCGAGGUGGCACCAGCACCGAAGGAGAAGGAGGAGGAGGACGUCGUUCUAAAGAAGAAGAAGGAGAAGGACCACCCUAAGAAGGCGCCGCCCACGCCGAAGCACAGUGGCGGCGGCGGCCAUGGCCACCACCACGGCGACCUCUCGCCGCCGGCACCGGAGAGCCCGGACCCGGACAACCGGUGGCCGCCGUUCCCGGCGUGGGGCCCGCGUCCCGAAGACGGGGACAACAAGUGGCCCCCGCUGCCGCCGUUCAACCCGCCGCCGGUCCCCGCAUGGCCACAGCCAGAACCUGGAAACAAGUGCCCGCCCUUCAACCCGCCGCCUAUCCCGGCUUGGCCGCAGCCCGAACCGGGCAACAAGUGGCCGCCGUUCCCGACAUGGCCGCAGCCGGAGCCGGGCAAGCAGUGGCCGCCGGUCCCGGCAUGGCCAGAGCCAGAGCCAGGCAACAACCACUGGCCGCCGUUCCCGGCAUGGCCGCAGCCGGACCACUGGCCGCCGCUGCCGCCGUUCCCGUUCCACCCGCCUCCGAUGCCGUCGUGGGCGCACCCAGCGCCUGGCGGCAGCGAUCAGUGGCCUCCUACACUGGCGUCCUUCCCGGGCGACGCCGUCGCGACGGCGAAGCCUGAGGACGACGAACGGCGGCGCUCGUCGUCGCCUGAGCUCCCGAUCCUGCCUCCGCCGGUCCCAGUCCCAGGGCACAACUGAUGCAUGUGCUGCCCUCGACGAAGGAGGUUAAUUUCUAGAUGUUGUAGUGGUAUGCAUAAAUCCUGCACCGAUCAUUUCGAUCUCCAAGUUCGUUGUUUUGGUAGUAUACAAAAAUGUGUGCGCCCCAUACAUGAGAGAUCGUACACUUAUCUAAUAGAGCAAAAUUGCUACUGUACUGUGAGUCUGUGAUUGCAUUUUAGCUACACCUACGGCUACGUACGUGCACGUAUUCGGACUCUAUUGCGUGUUUGUACUUAACUACUUAUAUGCACAAAAACGUUUUUUUAA